UUGCACGCACUGUGGAGAAAUCAUGGUAGGGGCAUAGAAUAAAGAACAUUCUUGUAGGGGUGUAGCGGGAGGUUCAAAAUGCGACCUGGCUCGAGCAACAGCUCGUGUGUCUACAGUGUUUAGCGCGCGAAAAUUUCCCAAUCAAUCACCAGCAUGUUUGUCUCUAAUUCCUGUUGUGUUUUUGAGGACGCUGGAUUAUGGCUAGGCAUUUCAUACCACAUUUGCUGCGCACCGUAGUUGCGUGUUUGCCGCCGAAUCGACAUCGGCAGCAAACGCCCGUCCCGUCAUCUGGGAAAGCGUCUCCGAACUGUUUCGCCGCAGGCCUGUGCACUGUGCACGCUUGUUUGUUUAUGUCUUGACUGUGCGGUUAUAAGUCGCUGUACGCUGGUUUUCGGUAUGGUGAGCGGCAAACUGAGAUCAAAAAAGCUGUUCCUCGCAGUGAACGAGACGUGAAAGUCAAAACGAACGCGAAGCAAAUUUACAAGGGCUAGGCAGCGGAAUCUCUUCUCAACCGCGGUAAGACGCGUAACCAUUAGCUUAACCGCCGUUCAGGCUUUCCAUGUGACAAGGGUAUGACUCAACGAAAGAUGCUGCCAGGAGCGCUACUUUCGGUAUUUACGAUCAACGCCGUCGCUCACGCCGGCGACUUGCCGGCUCACCGCAGUUCAUCUAUAAGUGGCCUGUGCGAAGUGGCCGAUCUUGAAUUCGACGUCGGCAGCCACCGCUUGUGUGUCCACGGUGGCGUAUCGAGUACGAACACAUGUACGAAGCUGAAACCGUCGUGGGAGAUGGUGGACGGAGCUCCCGAAGCAAAGAUGGACUCUCUCUUGUGCGACCAAGUUUUCGAAAUUGGAUACUUCUUCAAGUUCAAGGAGCACCUGUCACCAGGAAUGUUUCUUCGAAACGUGCCGAUACCGCUGUUCAAAGCGCUCGACACAGAUGCAUCAUCAAAAGCCGCAGGCGAUCAAGGAGUAGUGCUACCGGCAAUUGAACAUGCGGAUAGCGGGGUGAUCGAAUGGGACACAAACUUUUUUCUUGAAUCCUCCCUCAUAAAAAACCAGCUGAUACAGGCAAUAGCAAGGGGAUGCAAUGUCUUGCCACUUGACAAGCGCCUGUCAGCAGUCAACAAGACUCUGUGCUUCAGAAAAGCCUACUUCGGGGUGCCAGAGCUAAGUGACCAAGAAGCAGCCAAUGUACUGUUGGCAUUUGUAGGGAGGGUCAAGGAAACGCUUGCCGUUCACAAGCCAAAGCCGGAUCCCAAGCGUCAUCCAAGAAUUGGACUGGCAUUACCUCUUUUACACUUAACAGCAAAUUAUGUACUGCCAGAUUACAGACGUACAAUUGCCAAGAAGAUCUCUGGCUUUGCAAAGGCCGUCGAAAUCGACUACAGCCGUUUGUCACUAAAAGAACAGGUGAUGCAGACACAAGACCUUGAUGUGGUGCUUGUAGCUGGCGGCGAUGCAACCUCACUGACCAGUGCCCUUUACCUGCCGCCAUGGGGAGUGGUUGUAAGGCUUAGCGAAGAAACUAGUGGGAAGAAGAAGGAAGACCCCAUCGAAAAUCUUUUAGAAUCACGGGGCGUGCUUCUCACAGUGACUGCACCUCCGGAAGCAAGCAGAAGCCUCAACGACGUACCAGUGUUUGGCGACAACACCAUCUCCAACAUUGAACACGUCUUGCGCAAAGCAGUAGCCAUUGUUCAGCAUAACCUGCAGAAACUCUGACAUUAGCUCUGGAAUUUCUUGUCUUGCACCUACCCAGACAGAUGGCAACAUACGCUCAUGGCAAGACCAGUUAGAUGUGAGAACAACAACACCUGCAUAAUUCAGGGCAGGAGGGGUGGUACCUUGAAACUUCACCCUGUUAGUGUGCAUGGCAUGCAAUUUAAGUGCAGCAAUGUUCCAGAGGCAGUGAAAUAACGCUUACAGCAUACACAGUGGCAUGCAGAAGUUUCCUACAAUAAUUACUAGAGGGAAGUCUGGCACUGCACUUGUUCAGCCACCAUGAGAAUGCUGGGUAGUACAUGCAUUUGACUCAUCUUUGCGCUCGUGGAUUCAGAGGUUCUCGUGGCUUUAUUUAUUACGCUUCAUCUGCCUUAAUUUCCCUAAAUUUCAAAGCAGCCCAUACUUUUCUAACUGCAGAAGACUUGGCAAACAUGCCCAAAUGCUACUAAUUGCAGCAGUUGAGCCCGUCGGGGUCACCAAAUCGAAAUGCGCCAAAUUCAUAAAGGCGUUCUAUGCUGCCUCGUGAUGCAUGCAUUCGUGGUGCAAUUCCUGCUGCAACGUGUGCUUAUUUGCUGAUAGUUUGAAUUCCAGCCUAAUGAACUUGGUAUACUAGUUAGACCAAUACAACCUCAGUGAAUAUUUCACCUUGCUGUGUGGCUUACAGAAGAUCUAAUGGACAGUGGUAGAUAAGGCCCAGUGCUUCAGUUGCGAUAUAUGGUACAUUCCAGCCCUUAUUUCAGCUGCUACACUGAUGUGACACGAGAAAUUGGCCCACUGCAUCCAUGCACUUUUCGAGAAGAAAAACUAAGUUAAAUUUGACAAGACAGCCACCAUUGCACAUAACUUGCUCGACAUGCAUCCAUCCAGUGAGCAACACUGGCAAGAAUGAUAUAGUGCAUUUCGUUUUUCUGGUUUACCAAGUGCACUGCAAAGACUUGGGAGGUUAGCAAUAUUUCCUCUUUUUUUACGACCUGUCGUUCCCGUGCAAUAACCUGUUUCGACAGCCUAGCUAGAACAGCUCUUGCAAUAACAGCACGAACUAAUAUGUAAGCUAAAUCCAUUGCAGUGAGGAUGUCAUUUUAAGUUCUGCACUAGUAUGUGUGCAGUAACAAUAACAUUGUCAUUAAUUUUACAAUGUGUGUGUCCUAACAUUUAUUGAGUGCAAGUAACAGCCUAAGAAGCCAGCAUAUGAUGCCGCCUCCAAGGAAUUAUUGCUUGCCCAUUCACCAUUAGUGUCGCCUUAUUUUCUUACCAUGAUGUGAAUCGCAGAAGUGACACGUGCUUGGUUGCUUUGGACUGCUGAAGCCAAGUUCUCGAAGCAAGUUUCAGUGCCCUGCUUAAAUGAUUAAAUUGGGGUGUUUAACGUCCCAAAACUGCACAGUGGCUUAUGAAGGACACUGUGGUGGAGGGUUCCAUAUUGAUGUUGACCAUGUAUGCUGCAAACUGCAAUAUCAACUGCAACAAUUUUAUACCAGAUAAAAUUAAGCCUAGUUUAGGUAGUAUAGAUGUAGAGGAGCCUGCAUGCAAUAUUUUAUGUUUGAAAUAUGAGUGACUAUGAUGUUGAUGAUGACUAUGAUGACUAUGAUAUAUGAUAUAUGAUAUCAUAUAUGAUAUAUGAUAUGAUGAUAUAUGAUGACUAUGAACACGAGGUCGCGGGAUCGAAUCUCGGCCACGGCGGCCGCAUUUCGAUGGGGGCGAAAUGCGAAAACACCCGUGUACUUAGAUUUAGGUGCACGUUAAAGAACCCCAGGUGGUCGAAAUUUCCGGAGUCCUCCACUACGGCGUGCCUCAUAAUCAGAAAGUGGUUUUGGCAUGUAAAACCCCAUAAUUUAUUUUGAAAUAUGAGUGAAAGCAUCACUUACACGAAAAGCUCACAAAUAUAGCAGUUUUUGAUACAGAAACUGAAAAAAAUGCACAGUCAUUAGCACUUGCCAGAAGUUACGCAUGACCUAGAAUGUGCAUCUUCUUCAAGUGACUUCUGAGGUUAGGCAGCUGUCAGUGACGAGCUGAACAAUCUCGGAGGUGACAUGCCGGGACUUGCGUCAUAGGCGCCAACUACCAGGUUCAUGAGUCUGCUUAGGUGCUGUUUAGAGGCUGCUAAUAAGAAAAUUAUACAAUCACCAGUACUGCAGCUUUGCUUCAGUGGUAUAUACCACUCAUUUAUAACCAAUUAAGCCAAAGUGAGAUUUCGUUGCAGUUGGCCCUCAAUGUAUUCUGCUUCUUUUGGUGCUGUGUAUUCAUGUCACAUUUCAUCCCUAAACCCCCGCAAUGGUGCGGUUUCCGAACUUGACCACUUCAUCUCGGUGAAAUAGGAGUGUUUACUCACAAAUGGGCAUUCUUCUGCAACAUUAAACAAGGUAGAAAUGCUUGCUGCAGUUUUGUUGGCAUCGCACUGAUACUUAAAAAUGUUUCUGCUUGCAGUAGGGCUCAGCUGAAUUUAUAUGCAUAGCUUAAACUUAAAUCUUGAGACUUUUACAUAUAUGUGUUCAUACUGAAAGCCUGACAUAAAAGUGCAUCACUUUUUCACUCGUGCCAGCUAGGUUGAGCAUUCGCCUUGAAACAAACUGCAUGGUGUGUGGUGCCACCGGUCUUUUCCUUAAACCUGAAAGAAGCUUUCUCGUAGGUAAAAUGAAAAAAAGAAUUCGCUGAUGAUUACGAUACUCCCUAAUGAGAAAUUUGAGCGCAGCUCUAUACGCGUUUUCAUUUAGCGAUUUAUUGGCUGGUGCGGACAAUCUGCCUCGUGCGGUACAUCGCAAACGGAAGGAAGCGGUGCAAAUCAAGUGACACUUCAGCACAAUGAUAGCGCCUAGCAGAGUCGGCGAUCGUCAAAAAUCUCAUCUGCGGGUCAAGCGCAGCGGCUUUUAUACAUGACUCGUCGAAGGUUCCAGAAUAAUAGCUGCUGCCUGCAUGGCUUCCAGAAAGUACUAAACAAUUCUAAUCAUGCAUACAGUCGCAUUACAAAAAGCUUUGGUGACAACAGGUAAUGGAGAGAACUAUUGAUAACAUUCGAGAAACUUCUAAAAAAUGUUUAACAUUUUUUGGCUGAUGAAAAGGGGCAACCAUAGACAGAUAAAGAAGUGAACAGAUGACGCGCGGUAUUCAGGCGCCAUCUCGUAGCGAUCGUCGCAGAACACGCCAUGCGUGGCACCAGGCUGCACUACACUUUUCUCUUUCAUCCUUUGCUGUUGUGCUCGUUCACUCGGUUACGCCGCCGGCGCAUGCCGCAGUAAUGGGUCAUUAAGAGCUUCGCACUAAAAAAAAACACUGUUCUCUAUGUUAGGAGCAUACACUGCUGUGACUAUAAACACACUCAAUUUACUAAAGAGCUGGUUAGUUUGUGUGUUUUUUGCCUUUGGAUAAAGUUUUCUGUUUCAUUCUUUGGCUGUCACUUGCUAUGUAUCAAAUGUCGAUCCGAUUGUUUUUACCUCAAGUGUUACGCCUAUGUUUGUGACCACAUUUAGCAUUUUUUUGUUUUUCGUGUCUACACAUCAGCAUAUCUCAGGGAAAGUUUACACCCAUGAUUUUAUGCUCAGACAAGAGAAUACACUUUGUAACUAAGGGACAUCUUUACAGUCCACAUUUCUUUGGGACCAAUUUUAUACAAUGAGCAAUAAAGUAAACUUGUAGACUUCAAA